AUGAAGUUCCUCGGUCUCACCGCCGGCGUGCUCGCCAGCGCUGCCGUCUCUUCAGCCUCUAUCUCUCUGCCUAAUGGAUGGUUCACCAUAGCCCCUGAGGAUAAGAUUAAGCCUGGAAAGUUCAAGGGAGAAGACCGUUAUCUCACAUGGAUGGCUGAUUCGCAAAUCAAGCAUGGCGUUGAGCCGACGUUUGCUUACACCGUCUCGGCUUUCUACUCCGGUGUCCUUCUGGCCUACAACAGGACCGGUGAUGAGAAGUACCGCAACUACGUGGAGCAUUAUGCCGACUUGAUCCUCUACCCGGCGUGGGACGGCGAGAUCCUGCUGUACAACAACAGCAACUCCAUCGACGACAUCCGAUUCGGCCACACGUUCUUGGAUCUAUACGCCUUCACGGGUAAUGAGAUUUACAAGACGGCCGCCCAGACGCUGCGUAACCAAAUCGACCGCACCGGGCGCACCCCGGACGGUGGCUUCUACCACCGCUACCCCGUCUACAUCGACCAGAUGUGGCUAGACGGCAUUUACAUGCUGGACGUCUUCUACGCCCGCUGGACCCGCGAAUUCGAGGCCGACAACUCCACCGCAUGGGACGACAUCGCCCUCCAAUUCGAUCUGAUCGACGCCGGAACCAUCUCCGAGCGUGAGCGGACCAACGGCCUGCCCCUUCACGGUUUCGACUGGAGCAAGAAAGCCAUCUGGGCGAGCCCGGAGACGGGCGCCUCCCCACACGUGUGGGGCCGUGCCGUCGGCUGGUACAUCAUGGCUCUCGUGGACACCCUGGAGCUAUUCCCGGAGGACCACCCUGGUCGCGAGCGCCUGAUCAAGUAUCUCCAGUCCGUAUCCGACGCCAUUGUUGACGCUCAAGACAAGAAGACCAAGGGCUGGUGGUUGGUCAUGACUCCUGGGACUGAGGGUCAGUGGGGUAACUACAUCGAGAGCUCCGGCUCGUCGAUGUUUGUUUACGGACUGCUGAAGAGCCUGCGUCUUGGCUAUAUCAAGGGAGACAAGUAUCUGAAAUCUGCCUUGAGCGGGUACAAGCUGAUGACGGACACGUUCGCUUCAGUUCGCAAGAGCGACAAUGCCCUCACCUAUGGUUGGACUGUUCAGACCGGCAGUCUCAGCUCAAACGGAACUUUUGAGUACUAUGCAUCAAUGCCCUUGUUUGAGAACGACUUGAAGGGAACUGCUCCGUUCCUGUUUUCCAGUUACGAGUAUGAGCUGUACUUAGAACAGAAGUAA